AUGCAGGUUGAAAUAGCGACAGAGGCAGUACCGGAUUUAACCUUGGUACAAACUUGUACAAAAAAUCCCAAUCAUGCUAGAUUCUUUAAAUUCAACGGGUUUAGAAUGGAAAAUAUACCCGAACAGUGGCGACGACCAGAAAUUUUGGAGUAUAUUAAAAAUAUUGGAAUACGAGUGGUACGGCUGACAGUAAAGCCCCCUGACAGGGAAGCUCGUUACGGUUCAGGAGCAGUCUAUAAGGGACUGGGAUUCUAUUUCGUUUUAACCAACGAUCAUGUCGUUGAAAAUCAAACCGAUGUGGUGAAUUGUACGGUUGAUUUUUUCUACGACAGUGAAGAUCAGAGCCAAGUGGUGACGAGUAAAGGAGUUCAGUUAGUCGCCUGUUCAGGAUUACAUGAUAAAAGCGUCUUUACAAUCGACACCGUACCGCCAAAAAUAAUGCAUAUCACCAAAUCCGACGAUAUCGCUCCAUGGGUCAAGGUUUUUGCAACGCUUGAGGACAAAAGUAUCUCCGAAUCUUACGGAAUGCUUUUAAAAAAAUGGAAUGAGUGGUACGUAUGGGCCACCGUCGAAGAAAGCCAAAGAAAGCCAGUAGUCAAAUGUGAAAUCGAAUUCCAAGCAGUAAAGACUGAAAGAGUAUAUUCCACCGAUAUCGACAAUACCGACAAGAUGGUGAUUAUCAAACUUCAAGAAUCUACUUUACCCCAGGUGAUCAAAGAGUCCUCGCUUUUAAAUACAACCGCCCCCUGGCCACGGGGAAACCGGGAUUUCAUACCAGUAGUGAUAGCCCAUCCUCAUGGAGGACCUAAGAUGAUUUCAGUGGGAAAGCUGCUAGCGGUCGAGAUUACUGAUCCCGUAAAACCGUCGUUUGUGUACCAUACAGCCGAGACUUGCCCCGGAUCCAGUGGAGGUUUGUUGAUUACUCUUGGGGGUGACACCUUGCCGUACAAUGGAUGCGCGAAUACCAUUGGGAUGCAUAGAGAAGGCGACAGUCAAGAAGAAUUUAGAGGGAUCCCGAUUGAAAACAAGAAUUUAAACUUGUCUAUGUUCCAAUUUUAA